AUGUCAUCUGAAAGCCUACAAGAGCAAUCACAGAAUGAGCAAAUUACCGAUAACCUCGAUGCCACCGCCAAUAGUAUAAGUAACGAGGAAACAGCUUUCUCACAAGAUGAUGAUGACAGGAAAGUCAACGGAAAUGAUGGUACUAAAGAAGAGGAAGAUGCAGAACUAGAUGAUUUAUUUGGAGAUGACGAUGAUGACGAUGACGAUAGUGACAGUAAGAAAUCAGACAUUGGAAAUAGUAAUAGUGAUAGUGAUGAAGAUGGCGACGAAGAGAGUAUCAACCAUAGAAGUCGUCAUAGAGAAAGUCUUGGGUUAGAUGAUGAUGAAGCAGAGGAGCAAGCCAUGUACACACGAAAAUUUUAUGGUGAGGAUGCUAAUGACUUUUCUGAUCAAGAUGAGACCACUCAUACUUUUAAAGAGGAGAAUGUAGAGCUUGUUAGACAUAUUAUACCAAGCAAAGCAAACAUUAAUGAAACGGCGUCUCAUAACGAGAUUUUCUAUGCCAGAGUUCCCAACUUUUUAACUAUCGAUCCAAUUCCUUUUGACCCCCCAAGCUUUGAAGCCAAAGUUAACGAAAGGACAAGCAAUUCAGCUUCUAGGGAGGACCAAUUAGACGACCGUCUGAUUGACGAGAAUACUGUUAGAUGGAGAUAUUCCCGUGAUAAAGACCAACAUGUCUUUAAAGAAUCAAAUACACAAAUAGUGCAGUGGUCAGACGGUACAUAUUCGCUAAAAGUUGGCGAAGAAUGUACAGAUAUAUUGGUCAACGAUACGAGCAAUACAUUCUUGACAGUAUCGCAUGAUCAACAAGAGUUAAUCCAAUGUUACGAGGGCGGUGAAAUAAAAAAAACAUUGAUGUUUAUUCCAACUUCCACGAAUUCAAAAAUACACCAAAAACUAAGUAAAGCUGUUAUAAGAAGGAACCAAAGACAAAACAAGGGUCCUGGAACAUAUAUUGUAAAUAUGGAUCCUGAAGUGGAGAAGAGGGAGUUGGAGAAAAAGCAAAGCCAGAUUUUAAGAGACAGAAGGAGAAGACAGCUCAAAGAAAAGGAGAAACAAGAAUCCCCAGAUGCCGCUUUUGAAACGGGAUUUAGAAAACAGAAUUCCCCCACUGCCUACGGAGCUUCUAGAAGAAAUGAAUACGAAGAAGAUGAUUUCUUAGUUGACGAUGAUGAAGAAGAGGAGGCUGGGUUUGACGACGACGAAGAUAAUGAGGAGGAAGAAGAAGAAGAAGAAGAGGAUGCGGAUGAAGAGAACGCAGCUCGUCUAAGAAAUUUGAAAAGAGAAGGAGCCGCGAUGUACAAAGAGGAGGAGGAAGAAGAAAAGGAUAGGAAUGAGACGAAGAGAAGAAGGGUUGCAGUCAUUGAGGACGAUGAAGACGAAGAUUAG